CAAUUUGCAGAAUACUAACUUUUGGGGACCCGUUUACACGACAUAUUUCGCUAUACCACAUUUAAAGAAAACCAAAGGAAAGAUAGUAGCUGUCGCGUCGCCUGCUGGAUGGUCUGGAGUGCCAAGGAUGAGUAUCUACGCUGCAAGUAAAGCAGCUAUGAUAAUCUUCUACGAGACUCUUAGAAUUGAGCUUGGUCCGGAAAUUGGUGUGACAAUCGUGUUUCCAGGACUAAUUGAAAACGGAAAUACAAAUCCGGAUCUUUUGGCUGAGAAACAAGACUGGUCGCAAGUUAUUGCUAUCGAGUCAGCAGCGGAAUGUGCCAAGGCGGUUGUCAAUGGAAUCUGCAGGGGAAAGACCUUUCUGGCAGAGCCGUCGUGGGUCCGAGUUCUCUUCUGGCUUAGUAAACUCUGCCCUGAGCUGUUAAUCUCUAAGCCUAAAAGAAAAUGAGCAGUUGUAUUGUUAAACAAUGAUAUUUGUUCUAGUUAAAAUCUACUCAUCAUCCAUUUUUUCCGUUUCAGAAUUCAAACAGUAUUAUUUUAAAAAGAAAGGAGAGGAGAGAGUAUGUGCCUUUCAUCAGAUAAGCAAUUCAGUUUGCCACAUUGCAACCCAAGCACUGACAUUUUUUGAAAGAAAGAAGUGAUAUUUUUGUAAAAGAUAUUUGAUAAAUGCUAAUGCUCUCUCGCAACUGCUCUCAUAUGAAGUUUUUGGAAGAUCAUUUGCAUUUAUAAUUUUUAAAUCUAAGAAAAAUAUAUAAUUAGUUCA